AUGUCUGCCAAUCUCUGCAAUCUGAACGCCCCAAACCGUAAUCCAAUCCACUACCCCGCUUCUAUAUGGGAUCAAACCCGCAGGAUAGGCAUUUGUUCUGAGUGGUGCACCAAGAUGUACAUCAAUCUGCUGAGUUUGGGCGGCCACCCGCCACCCGCCCACGCUGUGCACGAUGCUGCAUGCACAAGAAGCGGCCAUGGGGGGUUUGGACCCAAUCACGCUUUCGUCUUUUUGGUCGGAUAUGAGGAUGAGAGCGAUGAUGACGGCGAGAUGGAGCAGCAGCAGGGGUUAGAGUGGGCCAUGAUGCACAGGCUGCUGCCUCUGGAACCUCCGGCCCCAACACAACUAGCAGCCCACAUCAUCACCAAGGUGUUGUCGUUGGCGGGUGUGGCGUUGGCGGCGGGUGUGGCUGCGGUGGAGGUGGUGGCGAUGGAUGUGACGGUGGCGGGGACAGUGGCGGUGACGGUUGCGGCGAAGGCGGCGGGUGUGGCGGUGGCGUUGGUGUUGGCGUUGGCGGGUGUGGCGUUGGCGGGUGUGGCGUUGGCGGCGGGCGUGGCUGCGGUGGCGGCGACGGUGGCGGGUCUGGCGUUGGCGACGGGUGUGACGGCUGCAGCAGUUGAAGCAGCAUCGGUGAUGGGUGAGUUUGCGUUGGCGGGUGUGGCGUUGGCGGCGGGCGUGGCUGCGGUGGCGGCGACGGUUGCGGGUGUGGCGGUGGCGGCGGGUGUGGCGGCUGCGGGAGGUGCGGUGGCAUUGGUGACGGGUGUGGUGGAAUUUGCCUUGGCGGCAGUGGAGGUGGCGUUGGCGGGUGUGGCGUUGGCGGCGGGCUUGGCUGCGGUGGCGGCGACGGUGGCGGGUGUGGCGGUGGCGGCGGGUGUGGCGGCUGCGGCAAGUGCGGCGGCUGCGGCAAAUGCGGCGACAUUGGUGACGGGUGUGGUGGAAUUUGCCUUGGCGGCGUUGGAGUUUGCGUUGGCGGGUGUGGCGUUGGCGGCGGGCGUGGCUGCGGUGGCGGCGACGGUUGCGGGUGUGGCGGUGGCGGCGGGUGUGGCGGCUGCGGGAGGUGCGGUGGCAUUGGUGACGGGUGUGGUGGAAUUUGCCUUGGCAGCGUUGGAGGUGGCGUUGGCGGGUGUGGCGUUGGCGGCGGGCGUGGCUGCGGUGGCGGCGACGGUGGCGGUGGCGGUAGUGGAUGUGGCGGUAGUGGCGGUGGCGGCGACGGUGGCAGGUGUGGCGUUGGCUGAGGUGGAGGUGGUGGCGAUGGAUGUGACGGUGGCGGUGGCGGUGUCGGCGACGGUGGCGGGUGUGGCGUUGGCGACGGGUGUGGCGGCUGCGGCAGGUGAAGCAGCAUCGGUGACGGGUGAGGUGGCAUUUGCCUUGGCGGCGUUGGAGUUGGCGUUGGCGGGUGUGGCGUUGGCAGCGGGUGUGGCUGCGGUGACAGUAGUGGCGGUGGCGGUGAGGCUGGCGGGUGUGGCGUUGGCGGCGGGUGUGGCUGCGGUGACGGGUGUGGCAGUGGCGGCGGGUGUGGCGGAUGCGGCAGCUGCAGCGGCAUCGAUGACAGGUGUAGUUGCAUUUGUGUGGACGGCGGUGGAGUUGGCGUUGGCGGCAGCUUCGCCUCUGGUGACGCAGCCGCCGGCGGAGCUGUCGUUAUCUCUCCCCCCCUGUCCAUCGAGUCACUUCAAGAGCCGCAAAUGCGGCAACAGCGGCGGCGGCGUCGCCUCUGGUGCCGCUGCGGUGUCGCGGUUGUGGAUGCAGCGGUGCCGGUGCCGGCUGGCGGGUGUGGCGUUGGCGGCGGGUGUGGCUGCGGUGGCGGCGACGGUUGCGGGUGUGGCGUUGGCGGCGGGCGUGGCUGCGGUGGCGGCGACGGUGGCGGGUGUGGCGUUGGCGGCGGGUGCGGCGGCUGCGGCGAGUGCGGUGGCAUUGGUGACGGGUGUGGUGGAAUUUUCCUUGGCGGCAUUGGAGGUGGCGUUGGCGGGUGUGGCGUUGGGGGCGGGCGUGGCUGCGGUGGCGGCGACGGUGGCGGGUGUGGCAGUGGCGGCGGGUGUGGCGGCUGCGGGAGGUGCGGUGGCAUUGGUGACGGGUGUGGUGGAAUUUGCCUUGGCGGCGUUGGAGGUGGCGUUGGCGGGUGUGGCGUUGGCGGCGGGCGUGGCUGCGGUGGCGGCGACGGUGGCGGGUGUGGCGGUGGCGGCGGGUGUGGCGGCUGCGGCAAGUGCGGUGGCAUCGGUGACGGGUGUGGUGGCAUUUUCCUUGGCGGCGUUGGAGUCGGCCUUAGCGGAUGUGGCGUUGGCGGCGGGUGUGGCUGCAAUGGCGGCGACGGUGGCUGUGUGGCGUUGGCGGCGGGUGUGGCUGCGGUGGCGGCGACGGUGGCGGGUGUGGCGUGGCGGCGGGUGUGGCGGCUGCGGCGAGUGCGGUGGCAUUGGUGACGGGUGUGGUGGAAUUUGCCUUGGCAGCGUUAGAGGUGGCGUUGGCGGGUGUGGCGUUGGCGGCGGGCGUGGCUGCGGUGGCGGCGACGGUGGCGGGUGUGGCGGUGGCGGCGGGUGUGGCGGCUGCGGCGAGUGCGGUGGCAUUGGUGACGGGUCGGCGUUGGCGGAUGUGGCGUUGGCGGCGGGCGUGGCUGCAGUGGCGGCGACGGUGGCGGGUGUGGCGGUGGCGGCGGGUGUGGCGGCUGCGGCAAAUGCGGUGACAUUGGUGACGGGUGUGAUGGAAUUUGCCUUGGCGGCAUUGGAGUUUGCGUCGGCGGGUGUGGCGUUGGCGGCGGGCGUGGCUGCGGUGGCGGCGACGGUGGCGGGUGUGGCGUUGGCGGCGGGUGCGGCGGCUGCGGCGAGUGCGGUGGCAUUGGUGACGGGUGUGGUGGAAUUUGCCUUGGCAGCGUUAGAGGUGGCGUUGGCGGGUGUGGCGUUGGCGGCGGGCGUGGCUGCGGUGGCGGCGACGGUGGCGGGUGUGGCGUUGGCGGCGGGUGCGGCGGCUGCGGCGAGUGCGGUGGCAUUGGUGACGGGUGUGGUGGAAUUUGCCUUGGCAGCAGUUGGAGGUGGCGUUGGCGGAUGUGGCGUUGGCGGCGGGCGUGGCUGCGGUGGCGGCGACGGUGGCGGGUGUGGCGGUGGCGGCGGUGCCGCAAAUGCGGCAACAGCGGCGGCGGCGUCGCCUCUGGUGAUGCAGCCGCCGGCGGAGCUGUCGUUAUCUCUCUCCCCCUGUCCAUCGAGUCACUUCAAGUGCCGCAAAUGCGGCAACAGCGGCGGCGGCGUCGCCUCUGCGGCGGCGGCGUCGCCUCUGGUGAUGCAGCCGCCGGCGGAGCUGUCGUCAUCUCUCCCCCCCUGUCCAUCGAGUCCCUUCGAGUGCUGCAAAUGCGGCAACAGCGGCGGUGGUGUCGCCUCUGGUGAUGCAGCCGCCGGCGGAGCUGUCGUCGUCUCUCCCCCCCUGUCCAUCGAGUCACUUCGAGUGCCGCAAAUGCUCUCACACCACACGCUCAACACCAGGCUCAUCAUGCUGGAGGCACAGCGCAAGAACCAGCGUGUUGUGGUGUGGAACGUGGACCACGUCCCUGUCCAGAAGCGCGGCGCUGCUGUGGAGCCGGCCCUAACACACGUGGAGAAAGCAGUUGCAAUGCGGAUCAAGGAUGACGAGUUUGGCCACACCACCGCCGACACAUGGUACUACCAUGGCGCCCGUUACAUCCUCCUUGACAUGACGGCAGCCGAUGCCGGGGCUAGUCACAACAACGAAGUGGAAGCCUGCGGCUUGCUUGAGGAUGGCCGUGAGCCAGCAGAUGACGGCCGUGGCCCCUAUCGCCGGCUCAAGUACCUUCCAGCGGCCGUCAUUGUGCGGCCUAUAAGCGGCCACAUCCCAGAGACCGUGCUGCAGGGCCUUGGAGACUACACCAGCAGGGGCGGGGCCUUCAUCCUGUCACCCCGGGCGUCUUGCAUUGCCGAGGUGGAGAUGCCCGCCGCCGGAUGUGGCACCAUCACAAAGCAGAUCCGGCGCCUCAACGUGCCGCUCGGCGACCGCCAGGCGGUAACCGAUUACUUCGUGCAAGGCCGCAGCUUCAAAGACGAGUGCUGGCUGGUGGAUCUCGCUGUCCCACCCAACGGGAUCAAGUGCACCACCCUGUAUGUGCUGCUGACCCGCUUCAAGAUGCUGGACCACGUCCGCCUGCUCCGGCCGCUCUACACUACGCCACACGAGCGCAAGAGGAUAAUCAAGCAGUUCCUCAGCGUGACUAACCUUGAGCCGGACCUCACCGCCAACCUGCGCCUGCUGAAGCAGGCAGCAUGCGAGACGGAGCAGCGAUAUACGGCCGAGUUCGAGCAUGCACGACAGCUGGAAGCACGCUGGACCUGCCCAGCCCAGGGCUAG